UCUCAUCUUUUUUCCCAUAUACUUUAUUUAUCAUACUGUAUUCAAGUUUGCUACGUGUGCAAAUUUUGUAAAUUAAAUACGGGGUUUCUUCUGUUUCAUCUGAACUAACUUAAUUGAAUUUAUUUAUUUUGUGGUAAAAAGAUGAUGUUGUCGAGAGGUGAAGCUGGUAAGAAGAGUGUUGGUGGUUCUAAUAACCAAAAGAGGUUGUUGAAAGAUGUUGAGACUAUGAGCAAAGCUCUUUACUCGGACAGAAAUUCGUCAAGGAAUUCAAUUCCAACAUGGAGUUCUCGAUCCAAGCCCCUUUUGCCUGAUCCGAAAUCAAGGCCGAAAUCCGGUACUGGAGACGAAACGAAUUCGCAGAAGGAUAAGAGGUCCAUAUGGAAUUGGAGGCCGUUGAAAGCCCUUUCCCAUAUACGCAAUAAGAGAUUUAAUUGUAGUUUUUAUCUCCAAGUCCAUUUGAUUGAAGGGCUGCCUUUGAAUUUCGAGGAUUCAGUGCUUUCCGUGUAUUGGAAAAGGCGCGAUGGGGUUCUGGUGACGCGGCCGGCUGUGGUGGUUGAAGGGAGGGCUGAGUUUGAAGAGAAGUUGACUUACACUUGCUCAGUGUAUGGUAGUAGGAGUGGACCUCAUCAUUCAGCCAAGUAUGAGGCCAAGCAUUUCUUGCUCUAUGCUUCUCUUGUUAAUGCGCCCGACCUUGAUUUGGGGAAGCACCGCGUUGACCUCACGAGGCUGCUUCCUCUUACGCUGGAGGAGCUUGAAGAGGAGAAGAGCUCCGGAAAGUGGACUACGAGUUUUAGGCUAACUGGAUUGGCUAAGGGUGGCGUGAUGAAUGUUAGUUUUGGGUAUCUGGUUGUUGGCGAUAAUGCCGGUGGUUCUAGAGACAACCAUCAUGCUCCUAAUUCAUUGAAUUUCAGGCAGAGUAGUUUGGCUUCAAUGAAAUCAGAUGUUAAACCGAGACAGUUUGAUGGAAGCAGCAGCAUCAGGCGUGCUGGAAGUUUACAAGGUUUUAUCAGUCCGUCUUUGUCUGGGUCCAUAGAUGAGGUAAAGGAUCUUCAUGAGGUAUUGCCAACGUCCAAGUCUGCACUGGCCAGCUCUAUCGACAUCUUGUAUAAGAAAUUUGAAGAAGAAAAGGUACAUGAUCCUCUUCACAGUGAACCUGCAGUUGAUGCUUUCGCCAAUAGUGUUGAGCCAAUCAAACCAGAUGCCUAUGCUUCAUCUGAUCUUGGAAAAGAUAAUGCUGAAGAUCAUGUCGGUAAUCAUACAAAUACAGGUCCAGUGCAUGACGAACCUGAACUCGAUGCAUAUCAUGAAAAACUGGAUACAGUUAAACAAGAUGGCUAUCCCCAUUCCGAUUCUGCAAAAGAAAACCCUGACCAGUGCCAAGGUAAUGAGUUUUCUGUUGUUGAUAAGGGCACAGAAAUGGCACCAAAUGAACCCUUUAAACCAGAAGAGUCCAGGAUAAUGGCUCAUGAGGAUUCUCCUGCUGUUUAUAGUAAUUGUAACUUUGGUACUGAAACUCUGCAAGUAUCUUCAGAAAAUAGUGUGAUACUUGAUUCUUUUGGUGAAUUAAAUGAUAAUUCCAAUGAUCAAGCACAAGUAAAUGAGUUUACUUCCAAAGAGGAUGGUUUAUACACAAAAGAACAGCUCCUGCAAGAACUAGAAUCGGCUUUAAAUAGCGUAUCAAAUUUGGAGACAGCAGCCCUAGACUCUCCUGAAAUUAUGGAAACCAAAUAUGAACCUAAGAUGAAAGAAGCACAUAGCAUGGAUGACGUUACAGAAUCAGUUGCCAGUGAAUUUUUAAGCAUGCUAGGCAUGGAACACAGACCAAUGGGCUUGAAUUCUGAAGGUGAUCCUGAGUCUCCAAGAGAGCUCCUUUUGAGACAAUUUGAGAAGGAGGCUUUGGAUGGGGGCUUCUCUUUGUUUGAUUUUGGCAUGGGCGAUGAUGAUGAGGCAGAUGCUGGCUACGAUGCUUCUACUGGAUCUGAGCACUGGAACUACUCUGAGGGUAUUAGGCCAUCAUCAUCAUCCUUGUUUCAAGAUAUGUGCAAGGAGCAUCCGGCUGAGUCUAAGGAUGUGAGAGGCAAACAGAAAGCUCAGAUGCUAGAAGAUUUGGAAACAGAAGCCUUAAUGAGGGAGUGGGGUUUGAGUGAGAAGGUUUUUCUUCAAUCUCCUUCAAAAGAUCGUGUUGGUUUUGGAAGUCCUAUUGAUCUUCCACCUGAAGAACCUCCUAUAUUGCCUCCUCUUGCUGAGGGGUUGGGCCCUUUUCUACAAACAAAAGAUGGGGGGUUCGUGCGGUCGAUGAAUCCCACUCUUUUUCAGAAUGCUAAAAGUGGUGGCAGCUUAAUUAUGCAAGUUUCCAACCCUGUCGUGGUACCUGCUGAAAUGGGCUCCGGUAUAAUGGAGGUUCUGCAGGGUUUAGCUUCAGUGGGAAUCGAAAAGCUCUCAAUGCAGGCGAAGGAAUUAAUGCCACUCGAAGAUAUCACGGGGAAGACAAUGGAGCAAGUAGCAUGGGAAGCUAUGCCUGCCAUAGAGGGUACAGAGAGUAGGCAAUGCAGUUUGCAACAUGAUUUGAUAGCAGGGCAAGAUAGUACUUUCAUGCAAAGAGACUUGAAAGGAAGACCAUCUGGGCAGAAGUUCAACCAGUCUAGUUCAAGUUCAGUGGACAACCAGACGGGCUCGGAGUUUGUUUCGUUGGAAGAUCUUGCUCCUUUGGCUAUGGAAAAAAUUGAGGCACUUUCAAUGGAGGGUUUAAGAGUACAAUCUGGCAUGUCAAGUGAGGAGGCUCCAUCAAACAUCGUUGCCCAAUCGAUUGGGGAUAUUUCAGCUCUCCAGGGCAAGGGGAUUGAUGUGAGUGGGUCUCUUGGCCUGGAAGGUGCUGCUGGUUUGCAGUUGAUGGAUACAAAAGGCAGCAGCAAUGGUGUCGAUGGAAUAAUGGGCCUAUCUUUAACUCUUGACGAAUGGAUGAAGCUGGACUCUGGUGAGAUCGAUGAUAUCGAUAACAUUAGCGAGCAUACUUCCAAGGUUCUUGCAGCCCAUCAUGCUAACUCUUUUGACUUCAUGCGUGGGAAUUCGAAGGGAGAUAGGAAACGAAGUAAAGGCAGAAAAUAUGGUUUGCUAGGAAACAAUUUCACAGUAGCAUUGAUGGUGCAACUUCGUGAUCCUAUGAGAAACUAUGAGCCCGUCGGAACUCCAAUGCUCGCACUUAUACAAGUUGAGAGAGAAUUUGUCCUACCAAAGCAAAGAAUUUACUGUACUGUGUCCGAGUUGAGGAACAACAACAACAACAAUGAGGAUGAUGAGUGCGAGAUAAUAGCUAAGGUGGAGACAAAGGACGAAAGGAAAGAGGAUAAAAGCUCUGAAGAAGAGCUCAUUCCCCAGUUCAAAAUUACUGAAGUCCAUGUUGCAGGUGUGAAGAAUGAGCCUCAGAAAAAGAAGCUUUGGGGAACUUCGACCCAGCAACAGUCUGGUUCGCGCUGGUUGCUUGCUAAUGGAAUGGGAAAGGGCAACAAGCUCCCAUUGAAGUCGAAGGCUGCAUCGAAAUCUGGUGCUCAAGUUACUACAAAGGUGCAGCCUGGUGACACCUUGUGGAGCGUAUCAUCUCGAAUUUACGGUACUGGCUCGAAAUGGAAGGAACUGGCAAAAUUUAAUCCUCAUAUCAGAAACCCCAAUGUCAUUAUACCAAGUGAUACCAUAAGACUUAGUUGACUUGUAAUGGAGUUGGCAAUUGCAAUGCAGGUUUCUUUAUGAAGAGUGGUUAUACUUAUUAAUUUGAUAGAUCCACUUGAACCUGUGAUUGGGAGUUUGAUUUUGUUGGAGCUUCGUGAAAAUAGGGUAAAGAGAAAACAUCAUGGAUCAGACAAGGUGGAUUUUGAUUAGGUACACUGUUCUUUUGUAAAGUGGUUUCUUUACUUUUCUAUGCAUUUGUUGUAUUUAACUGUUUUAUCUCCUCUCUGGAAGUAGUGCAUGUAUAUUGCAGCUUACAAACCACAAUUGGGGAAGUAUUACUGCAGAAAAUGUUAACUAUUGCAAUUUAAAUUGCACUGAAAAAUAAUGUAUUCUCGUUAACAUAAAACAAUUAGCAGGUGCCGUCUA